AUGGACUCCUGCAUCGCGGUCUGCGAUGUAUCUGGCAGCAUGGGCAGCCCUGUUUUCAGAGAUCAGACCACGCCCCUCGAUUCCGCCAUCGGUCUGUCUCUCCUCCUCGCAGAGGUCGCCAAACCCCCUUUCGCCGGCACCUUCAUCACCUUCAGCGAGCACCCCAGAGUCGAGGAAGUCGACUUGACCAAGACUCUGCGGGAGAAGUACUGGGCCAUGCACCGAUCGGAAUGGGGCAUGAGCACCAACUUCGUCUCUGUAUUCGAAGACCUUAUCCUCCCUAUGGCUCUUGAGAACAAGCUCAAACAGGAGGACAUGAUCAAGCGGGUCUUUGUCUUCAGCGACAUGCAGUUCAACCAAGCCAGCUCCUCCAACUCUCACUACAGCCGACCUUGGGAUUACAAAGGGCGGUCAAGCUCAAGCUGGUCUACUUCCUUCGAACGCAUCAAGGUCAAGUUCGAAAAGGCGGGUUACGAACUCCCCGAGCUUGUCUUCUGGAACCUCGCAGGCGGACGAGCCGGCUACACCGGAAACGGUGGCGACCCCACGGCUCCCAAGCCUGUCAAGGCUGACGAGGAUGGAACAUGCCUCGUCAGCGGGUACUCGCAGGGCUUGCUGAAGGUGUUCCUGGAGGGUGGUGGGUUUGAGGAGGAAGAAGAGGAAGAGGUUGUUGUUGAGAAGGACGAGGAGGGUAACGUCACCCAGAAGACGAAGAAGGUGAAGAUGACGCCUCUCAAGAUCGUGCAGAAGGCGAUCAGCCACAAGGCGUAUGAGAUGUUGAAGGUUGUAGACUAG